UGCUCCAGCCCAGUACAAAACCUUGAGGGCCAGCGAGGGACAAGGACCAAAGAAUCGGCCCUGACAAGUAUAGAAUAUAAACCCCAUAAGGAACGUCUGGUUAAGAGAAGCAAGCACCCCAAAGGACUGUGAAAAGAAGUAGACCUUAGUAGAUCAUGUUUGCAUUGAAGAGGUUUGUGGUGGCUCUGCUGACCCUAGGGAUUUGGGUUCAUCCAACGCUUGAACGGACACUGGAGCCAUCACCGGAAUGCUACUCUUUUGUCGAGUCCAGGUCCUCACAUCUCCUGUACACUGGGAACAGCUCUGUGGGGAAUGUCCCCAUUCUGGAGUACAAGGUCACAGAGUUGACCAGCUUUGACUCUGAGUUUGAGCUGCGUACUCUGGACCCUGAGGGGGUGAUAUUCUUUGGGGACAUCGGCGGGCAGCAGAACUACUUCCUGCUUGCUGUGAUCCGUGGGAACCUGAGCGUCCAGACGAGCCGCGGGGAUGGACAGGUCCUCGUCACCUCUGGGUCCAAGAUCAGUGACGGGGAGUGGAAGAAGAUUGCAGUGAUGAAACAUGAGGGAACUGUGGCUGUACGCGUUGGCUCGGAGACAGCCGUCACAGUGCAGCAGUCUGCUGAGAGCCAGAGGGCCGAGAUAGGCAACGGCGUCCUGAGAAUCUCUAUCGGAGACCUGCUCCCAGAUAGCGGCGUUACCCUGGGGCUGAACCCUCCUCUGGAUGGCUGCAUGCGGAGCUGGGACUGGGUCAGACAGGACUCCAGCAUCCUAGAGCGGACCCUGCAGGAUUCCAAGGUGCAGAGGUGCUGGGAACAUAUUGCCCCCGGGUCCUACUUUACUGGAGUCGGCUCUGUUGGUUUCAGCUCUCUAGUGUUGCUGGGAAACUCUUCAGCUGAGCCAGAUGGUGCAGACUGGACUCUCUCUGUGGAGCUAGCUCUCAGAACGGUUUCAGCCAGAGGCUUUCUCUUCAUUCUGGUAGACACUCAGAACGACUACAUCCUCUCCUUGAAACUCAACCACCCUUCACAGGAACUGAUGCUGCGUUUGAGGGGGACUCUGUUCUGGUCGCGCAGCUACCCUCAGACACUCUGCUCAGGUGAGAGUCAGUUCCUGCAGCUGCAGGUGAGGCCAGGCCAGCUAGUGAUUGGCAUGGGCGUAACCAAGGCAACCAUGAGGUUGACGGAUGGGGACUACGAGCUCCUGAAGAGGGUGUUGAGCCAACCAGGGAGCAGGGUGUACCUGGGGGGCGGGCCAGAGGGUCUGUCCAGCUUCCACGGCUGUCUCCAGGCCAAGAUCCAGGGUGUCAACGUUGACCUUGACCUGGCAGAGGUCAAACACGGGGAUGUCCGCUCUCACAGCUGCCCUGCCGCCCUCGACAUCCGAGAUGGGAAGUAAAGGAGCCGCAGUUACACCCGACACUGCUUAUAAGACUACACAAGGCUACAUGAGGCUACACUGUUUUCUGUUUGGCUAUUGUCUGUCUCUCAACAUUUUACUGUCUCAUGUGGCUAUCUAUGUAACAAGAUGUAAUACAGUACUGCAGAAUGCAGUAACAUUGUAUUUUCUAAUUGUAUUUGUAUUGAAGCAUCUGACAUGUGAGGGAUGUUCAUUUGAAGAACAAGAGAAGAAUUGCGUUUUCUUUGUGUAGAUCGUUUUGCAUACAUUUUUGGCAAACUUGGUACCUCACUGCAAAACUGUAACAUGGCCUCUUUCACUUUAUUUGCUGCAUAUUGUUUCUGUAAUUUCCAGCAGAAUUCCCCUCUAAGGAGGUAAAGCUAAACAGUACAGCUGAAUUACCAUGUCCACUCUU